AGUCCGACAUGGCGGCGGCGGCACCGGGGCGGCUCCGGGCCCCGAGCGGCUCCCGGGGACGGCCCGGAGGCUCCUGAGGGGUCCCGGACGGUCUUGAGGGCUCCCGGAGGCUUCUGAGGGGCUCCCGGAGGCUCCUGAGGGGUCCCGCAGGCGUGGCGUCGCGGCCGGCAUUACGUCACCGGGUAAACGGAGCGGUGUGGGCGUGGUUUCCGGAGAAGGGGGCGUGGCCUGGGGGCAAUGGCGGCGCUGCGCGUUCUCGUGGGGGUGAAGCGCGUCAUUGACUUCGCCGUCAAGGUGCGGGUGGCGCCGGGCGGCGGCGCCGUGCACACGCAGGGCGUGAAGCACUCGCUGAACCCGUUCUGCGAGAUCGCCCUGGAGGAGGCGGUGCGGCUGCGCGAGGCCGGCGCCGCCGCCGAGGUCAUCGCCGCCAGCCUGGGCACCAAGGCCAGCCAGGAGACCCUGCGCACGGCGCUGGCCAUGGGCGCUGACCGGGCCGUGCUGGCCGAGCUGGCCGAGGGCGCGGCCGCCGGGCCCCGGGAGGUGGCCACGGCCCUGGCAGCGCUGGUGCAGAAACUGCAACCGCAGCUGGUGCUGCUGGGCAAGCAGGCCAUCGAUGAUGAUUGCAACCAGACCGGGCAGCUCCUGGCCGCCAUGUUGGACUGGCCGCAGGGCACGUUCGCCUCGCGGGUGCAGCUGGAGGCCGGGGCCGUGCUGGUGGAGCGCGAGGUGGACGGCGGCCUGGAGACGCUGCGGCUGCGGCUGCCGGCCGUGCUCACGGCGGACCUGAGGCUCAACGAGCCCCGCUACGCCACCCUGCCCAACAUCAUGAAGGCCAAGAAGAAGCCCCUGGAGGUGCUGCCGGCGGCCGAGCUGGGCGUCGCCGCGGGGCCGCCCCGGCUGAAGGUGCUGCAGGUGCGGGAGCCGCCGCCCAGGGCCGGGGGCGAGAGGGUGGAGAGCGUGGAGAGCCUGCUGGGGAAACUGAGGCACGCCGGCCGCAUCUGACACACCAGUGCCUCCCAGUAUAACCCAGUUCAUCCCAGUAACCCCCCAGUGCCUCCCAGUUCAUCCCAGUUCAUCCCAGUAACCCCCCAGGGCCAUCCCUGGUCUGUCCCAGUUCAUCCCAGUUUGUCCCAGUCCCCUAUUGGGGAUAGAGCGUGGAGAGCCUGCUGGGGAAACUGAGGCACGCCGGCCGCAUCUGACACCCCAGUGCCUCCCAGUUCAUCCCAGUUCAUCCCAGUAACCCCCCAGUGCCAUCCCAGUUCGUCCCAGUUUGUCCCAGUCCCCUAUUGGGGAUAGAGCGUGGAGAGCCUGCUGGGGAAACUGAGGCACGCCGGCCGCAUCUGACACCCCAGUGCCUCCCAGUUCAUCCCAGUUCAUCCCAGUAACCCCAGCCAUCCCAGUGUCUC